AUGCCUGGACCGGUACGCGAGCCUGAGGGUAGGCCUCAUCCCAAACUCAUGAGCUCAUUCCGACGGUUUGGAAGGUCCGAUAGCUUCAAGCCUGUGGGGGCUUCAUCAGCCAGCAUCGGUUCGAAAUCCCUGGGCAAAAUCAACAUCGAUUGCCAAUUUCUCUUCAAAGAAUCUCAAUGGGGCACAUUCGAAGGACGGCCUGGGGGCAUCAUUUAUUUGAACCUGAACUUCGGGCCUCCUCAGAACUGCCGAGUGCAGGAGGCCACAGUUACCAUCACCUUGGACGAGGAAGAUCCUUGCCUGGAACCCUUCAACACGACCCAACGCCUUCGUGUCCUGCAUGAAUCCGGCAUUGAGGCUCAGAUGACACCAUGGUUCGGACCGCAAGUCCUGGGAGGGGAGAAGAAGUCUGCGGAGAUUACAUCGACGACAAAAGCUGUUCCGGAGGCGAACGUUUUCGGCUACGGCGGGGGCGGGAUUGGCCACGAGCGAUCCAAGGUGUUCAAACAAGAGGCCCGCUGGUCCUUCUACGGACAGUUGCUACGAAGGAAACGAACAAGCACCUACGCCUCCCUAAGAUGGCAUCUGAACGAGAACGAGCUCGAGGGCCAAACUUUCCACAACCCAAAAUUCCGUACCGCCUUUGCUUUUGAGCAUUGCGGUAAGCCCUUCCUCAUAAAGGUGGACAUUGAGGACAGGCUCGAGAAGUGGCACCAUCAAGUCAAGUCGAAGCUAAAGUUCGGCGCGAACGGGGCAAGGGAAGGUAAAGUGGUCACACUUGUCGACUUUGAGGACUACCGCAGAUUCUCGCGUGAUCUUGAAGCUAUAGCAAGGGGCCUUCCGAGGACCAUGGAGAUGAGAAACCUUGAAGAGGUCCCAAUGGAAGUACAGGAUUCCAUACCAGGUGCGACGUUCCACCAGGCUUCGCCAGCUCCUUCGAGCCAAUCGGCCCCGUCUGAGGUGCUGCAGACUCCUGUUCAGCAGCAGCAGCAGCAGCAGAACUACACUUCGAGUCCUCAGGUCUUGGAUCAAUGCGAAGAGCAACCGCUGCUUCAGGAGUCAAGCCAGGCGCAAAGCACGGGUAUCGAAGUACCACAGAUCGAACGAGGAGAGGGUGAACUUUCCGAAGCCGAAAACUACAGACAACUUCUCUCAGCGCUUUCACGUCCGAAGGUGCAAGAAGUUGUCCGUGAAAAUGCGAUGGACACUACAUUGAGCUACACGAGCACCUUGGUCGGUGUGGAAAACACAACAAAUUCGUCAAAUGAGACGCAAGGUUCAGGAGAUUUCGAUAGCCAGACAACGGAAACAGACCGAAGCCGGAGUGGGAUAGUGCAGACCACGUUAGCCGCAGAUCAAGAUACCAUGCUGAGAACCCUGGGUAUACCUGGCAUGCUGGCCUUUCUGCAUUUUCUUGCCAGUAUUAUGGGUUUUCUGGGCUUCAGCUCAACAAGAAAGAGGCUUACGGAAGAGGCUAGAGGAUAG